UUAUCCGCGCAUGCACGUGUGUAAUUAUCACUUUGUUUUGAUAUUUUUUCCAAAAGUUGUAAUACCUGUUAUGCAUUUUAAAAUAUUAUGAGAGAAGUACAAUGCGGUAUUUGUUAAGGUGGUAAGAGGCAUAAACCUGGGUGCUCCUUGGCAUACGUUUGUUUUUACUAAGAAAACUACGCGCUAAAAUAGUUGGAAAACCAUGGUGGGUAAGAAGAGAAAACUUAAUCAAAAAGACAAUGAUUUCGAGUAUGACCCAGUGCCACGACAUUUAGUCACAUCCCAUAUCAAAAAGCAGGAAAAGCGGUUAAUAGUGAUAUUAGAAGGCGCUCAGUUGGAAACAGUGAAGGCUGGGAAUAGUUUCGAGCUGUUAAACUGCGAUGACCAUGCUAACAUUCUUCGCAAGAAUGACCGGGACCCAGGCUCUUGCAGGCCAGACAUUACACACCAGUCACUCCUUAUGUUGAUGGAUUCCCCGUUGAACCGGGCUGGUCUACUUCAGGUCUAUAUUCACACUGAAAAGAAUGUACUCAUAGAAAUUAAUCCACAAACUCGGAUACCUAGAACAUUCAAGAGAUUUGCUGGAUUAAUGGUGCAACUUCUCCAUAAAUUCGCUAUAAGAGCAUCAGAUGGUCCCAUGAAGCUCUUGAAGGUCAUUAAAAAUCCAGUGACCUCACAUCUGCCCGUGGGCGUAAAGAAAAUUACCAUGUCAUUUAGUUCGAAAACAGUGCAGAGCUGUAGGGAACUCGUCCCUAAAGACGAGCCUAUCGUCUUGAUCGUGGGCGCCAUGGCACACGGGAAAGUGGAAGUGGACUAUGCAGAGGAUGUUAUAUCCAUUAGCAACUACCCUCUCUCGGCGGCCUUGACGUGUGCUAAGUUGUGUUCCGCCUUUGAAGAAGUUUGGGACAUAGUCUAAGGAAGUAAAUAUAUGCCCAAGUAAA